ACCGACACUGUACGCAACAAUCUGGAUCCGUUCAACUCCUACGACGAUACGACGUUGUGGGACAGUCUUCACCAAGUGGAGCUUAACGAUCUCGUCCUUGAUCAAAAACUGCAAUACAGUGGAGGCAACUUGAGCAUCGGCCAGAAGCAAUUGAUCUGUUUAGCAAGGGCCGUCUUGAAAAACAAUCGGAUUCUCAUUUUGGACGAAGCCACCGCCAACAUCGACAACCAAACCGACGCUUUGAUCCAGAAAACAAUACGAACCAGGUUCUCCGACUGCACGGUCAUCACCGUUGCUCAUCGCUUGAACACCAUCAUCGACUGCGACAGGAUCAUAGUGAUGGACGCUGGAUGCAUCGCG